AUGAAUAUUAGACAUUUAUCUCCAGCAUCUUUCUCUUCAACAGGCUCCAAACAACCUGCAGCAUCAAACAGGCGUUCGGGGGUCACAUCGGAGCGAGUGGCCCUGCUGGUCCUCAGUGUUCUCCUGGCAGCUGCCGUCAUAGCUCUUGGUGUAACCCUUCAUGAAAAUACUCAAACCAAGAAGAAUCUCCAAAAGUUUCAAGAGGAAUGUGAGGCAAAACAUCUCUCAGAGGAAACAUGUCCGAGGUGCGAGGACGGCUGGGAGCCACAUGGAGGAAAGUGCUACUUCUUCUCCUCGGUUAAGUUAACCUGGAAUGAGAGUAGAACACGCUGCAAAUCAAUGGGCGGAGACCUGGUUGUGAUAAACAGCAGAGAGGAGCAGAGAUUCCUGCAGUCUAGACUGAUGAAAAAAAUGUGCAAACCUGAGGACGAGUUCUGGAUCGGACUGACAGACUCAGAGGAAGAGGGUGAAUGGCUUUGGGUGGACGACACACGACUGAAUGCAAGUUUGACGUUUUGGUGUGAGGGCGAGCCAAACAACCUGAAAGGGAAGAAUCCUGAUGGAGAGGACUGUGUGACGAUGUGGGCGGAAGACAAAGCCAAGCACCUGAAGACCUGGAUCGAUCAAUCCUGCAAAUCAUCUCUUAAAAGUAUUUGUGAGAAUCCAGAAAGAAAAGCAUGAGCCUGAAUCCAGUUGGAUCAGAUUGAGCUCGAGUCCUCAGCCACUUUCACAAACUGAGGCAUGAAGCUUUAUUAAUGAAGAUCUUCUCCAGACAUAAACAAUUUCAAAUGAUAUCUAGAGUCUCUUAUGUUCUUCAGUUUCCUUGUUAUUUUAAAGUGACGUCUACUCCUCCCUCAUAUAAAAUCUAUGAAUA